AUGCUGCGGGCAGGACCACCUGCCGGGGGCCUCCUCCGGGCCGGGGAAGUCCACACCGGGACAACCAUCAUGGCGGUAGAGUUUGAUGGGGGCGUGGUGGUGGGGUCUGACUCCCGGGUGUCCGCAGGGGAGGCCGUGGUGAACCGGGUGUUCGACAAGCUGUCCCCCUUGCACCAGCGCAUCUACUGCGCUCUCUCCGGCUCGGCCGCCGACGCCCAGGCCGUGGCCGACAUGGCUGCCUACCAGCUGGAGCUCCAUGGGAUGGAACUGGAAGAACCUCCCCUCGUUCUGGCUGCUGCAAACGUGGUGAGAAACAUUAGCUACAAAUACCGGGAGGAGCUGUCUGCUCACCUCAUGGUAGCCGGCUGGGACCAACGUGAAGGGGGCCAGGUGUAUGGAACCCUGGGAGGAAUGCUGACUCGACAGCCCUUUGCCAUCGGCGGCUCCGGCAGCACCUACAUCUACGGUUACGUGGACGCAGCGUACAAGCGCGGCAUGUCCCCUGAGGAGUGCCGGCGCUUCACCACGGAGGCUAUCACUCUGGCCAUGAACAGGGACGGCUCCAGUGGGGGUGUCAUCUACCUGGUCACCAUCACAGCUGCCGGCGUGGACCAUCGCGUGAUCUUGGGCAACGAGCUGCCGAAAUUCUACGACGAGUGA